CUAAAAAGUUCUCUUUCAAUAUUGGGAGUAGUGUUUUAAUUAAUUUGCGGCAAGUAAUUCCAGGUUUCUGUAUGUCAGAUAAUGAAAAAACUGUAGACAGACCUAGUUGCAGCUUUAUCUUUAAAAAAAGGACCAUAAAAAAUCCAGGAGCCAGGAGGAAACAGCAAUCAUCAUCUGAAGAAGAAAAGGAGGCCAAAAAUAGUGAUAAUGAUGAACUACCCUCAGUUGUGCGCCCAUCAAAGAGAAAAUCUAAAAUAAAUCCGAAUAUUCAAAAGAGCAGCCUUUUUAAAAAGAAGCAAAAACUCAGAAAUGAACAUUCUGGAUCAGGCUCUGACAGUGAUGAAGUCAUGAUCAAGUACAAAUCUAAAAAAUCUGCCAUGCUGGCUGGGCCUCAAGAUCAAGGAGCCACUGCAACAUUGGAAAUAGAAACGGAAAAAGAUAGAGAUGCCCAAGCCAUCUUCGAAAAACGCCUGGAAGUAAAUAAGGAACUUGAAGGCAAGGAGGAUGAUAAAAUUUACAGAGGCAUCAAUAAUUAUCACCAAUAUUAUAAACCUAAGGACACUGCAGCAGGUAAUGCUAGUUCAGGUAUGGUGAGAAAAGGACCAAUAAGAGCCCCAGAAAAUUUAAGAGCUACAGUUAGAUGGGACUAUCAACCAGAUAUAUGCAAAGACUAUAAAGAAACUGGUUUUUGUGGGUUUGGGGACAGUUGUAAAUUUUUACAUGACAGAAGUGAUUACAAGCAUGGUUGGCAGUUAGAAAGAGAGUGGCAAGAAGGAACAUAUGGAGAGGAAAGUGAUGAUGACAAAAAGUAUGAAAUUAAUUCUGAUGAGGAACAUUUACCAUCCAAAUGUGUUAUUUGCAGAAAAAGAUUUACUGAUCCAGUAGUCUCCAAAUGUAAACACUAUUUUUGUGAAAAAUGUGCCCUGGAACGAUACAAAAAAACAACCAGAUGUUUUGUCUGCAAUGGCCAAAUAACAACCUUUAAUCAAGCUAGAAACCUAAUCACACAAUUAAUGAAUAUGGAAGAAGGCAAAAAAGGAAAUAAGAGUUCAGAUGAAGAAUCAGAUUAAUAAAAUUUUAUUUUUUAGUAUUUUGUUUUUUUGUCGGCUUUUUAAAUAAAAUAUAUAUUGGA